AAUCCCUGUGCACUGCAAGUCAGCAUGUUUGCACACACGGAGCUUUGCAGGCUGGAGACUGUAGUCCUCUUCAGUAAAGAGCCACAAGCCCCAGUGAUGACACAACGUGGACAUGAACCACACGGCCCAGCAUGACUUUCUACCACUGUUUAGUCAUCCAGUGGUUACCCGGUGAACUGAGAUGCUCAGCAAUCGGAUGGUAAUCUUUUAACUCUGAUGCUUGAUGCCUCCAUCUUAUCAGCCCUCAUUUCGUAAGUUAGUUCAGAGUUCAAUAGUUUGGGAUUUCCCAAAUAGCACCUGCUGGUUUUUUGGACCAAGAAUCUGUGAUUUCUGAUUUUGUCAGCACACAGGUAAACAACUUUUUCCGUAGACUGUUUAUUUGUUUGUCUGUAUUGUACUGUAUUUUUGUAUAUUUUAACACAACUUGUACACCCCCCAAAGGUGACCAACAUAAUUUGAGAAGUUAGAGGUUGUGUAUUCUUUAUUUUUGAAGCACGUCGGGUGGACAUGCACCCCGGGCUCUGUAGGCCCAAUGCAGCUUUGCUGCGCUCGUUUUGCCGAUGUUGUCUCAGCAGGGCGCAAAGUCUGCCCGGUGGAAGCUUGAGCUCUUUGCCCAGGCAGAUGAGCAGGUGGAACAGCCUGGAGAACAACAGCCCCUCACCUGCUCAGAAACCCCCCCGUGUCCUCAUCACAGGUGGUCUCGGGCAGUUAGGUGUGGGACUGGCACAGAUACUGAGGGAACAGUACGGAUCAGAGAAUGUAAUCCUGUCCGACAUUAAGAAGCCUCCACCUCACGUUCUCAGCAGUGGUCCCUUUGUGUACGCUGAUGUGUUGGACUACAAACAUCUCAGAGAACUGAUUAUAAAUUAUCGUGUCACCUGGCUGAUACACUACAGUGCUCUGCUCAGCGCUGUGGGCGAAGCCAAUGUGGCUUUGGCACGCAAGAUCAACAUCACAGGCCUUCAUAAUGUGCUGGACUUGGCCCUAGAGAACUGCCUGCGCAUCUUCGUCCCCAGCACCAUUGGAGCAUUCGGCCCCUCUUCUCCACGUGACCCGGCCCCUGACCUCUGCGUGCAAAGACCUCGAACCAUCUAUGGCGUGUCCAAAGUGCAUGGAGAACUGAUGGGGGAGUACCUCCAUCAUAAAUAUGGUCUUGACUUCCGCUGCCUGCGGUACCCAGGCGUGAUAUCAGUAAACACCCCCCCAGGAGGAGGAACAACUGACUAUGCCGUUCAAAUCUUCCACGAUGCCCUCAGUACGGGUCACUACGAGUGCUACCUGCGUCCAGACACCCGCCUUCCCAUGAUGCACAUCUCUGACUGCCACCGUGCCACCAUCGAGUUCAUGCAGGCUCCAGAGUGCCAGAUGUCUCUGCGUACCUACAACAUCGCCGCCAUGAGCUUCACUCCAGAAGAGGUGGCGGAAGAAAUCCGCAAGCAUCUCCCUCACCUCAAAGUCACCUACAAUCCCGACUCUGUCCGCCAGAACAUCGCAGACAGCUGGCCCGUGAGGUUUGAUGACACCAAUGCCAGGAGAGACUGGGGCUGGGCGCCAGCUUUCCAGCUCGAGGAGCUGGUGUCAGACAUGCUGCGCUCCGUUCGAGACAAGAGGACAAACGAGGGUCUGCCAGUCAGUUAGCAAAAACAUGGUCCACAAAGACUGACCGCCUCGCCCCUGACUUUUUCUUCCAGCUGCAUUUAUGCCCGAUACACUUUCUUUCACUUCCCUAUCACAUGUUGUCAACGGGUAUUAUUCGUUACUCUGGAAAAUUACAUCAACCAGCCAGUGACUGUUUGCAAAGGAAAGUAGGACCUCUCUAUCAGACAGUCUAAAUAUACAGUGGACAAUGAGAUGUCACACACGUGCACUCAAACACACAUCUCAUUUUUUUUAGAGAAUAAUAUACUGUCAAACUGUCCCUUAAUCGUUGUUGUUUUUAUUGUAAUCAUGGUAUAAGCAUCACAUUUUUUCUCUGACGGAUCAACAAGAGACUGCAGAGAUUUCCAAAUGUCAUGUGACUGGCAUCAACGGACACCACAGUCUCCUACAAUGUUUGAUAAAAUAUGUAAUACAAUAUGGGCAAGUUGCACAUUGACAGCAAUACAUCUGUUGUACACUUUAAUUCAAGGAUCAUCUGGAAUGGCUGGUUCAGUUAACUCUGCACUGCAAUGACACACAACAUAUUCUGCCUGUUUUCAAAGCCAGUAUUUUAUAUCAAGUGAACGCUACACACUGUGUACAACCUCACUACUCUUGCUGUGGCAUCUAACAGGUGUGAUUUUAUUCAUGAAUGAGUGCCUAUAACAAAAUACUGCCUUGUUUACUGAAGAUUGCUUUGGAAAGCAAUGUAUAAAACAUGCUGUGUACUUUUGAAUCAUACCUUGAGCAAUAAAAGGUUAUUUACCCAAA